AUGGAUUACGCAAACGAGCGCGGGCGCGGGCGCGGCGCCGGGGGCAGCGCGCAGGCGCAGCGCCACGCCACGCUGGGCGCCGUGCGGACCUCCCUGCGCGCCGCGGUGGGCGACGCCGCGGGCGGCGACCGGCGACGCUCCUCGCGCAAGCCCACCGCAGCAGACCGCGAGGAGGAGGGCGAGGGGGUGGAGUCACCCGAGCUGCUGCCCUACGAGGAGAGCGACGAGGAGGAGCGGGACACGCGCUACGUCAUGGAGCAGCUGCGGCGCAGUCGCGACACGCUCAGGAAAUCCUCCUCCAAGAGGCGAACAGCUGAAGAAGAUAUUCCACUGAUGCAGGUUACUAUGACAACACUGGCCGGCGAGUAUCUUGUCUUUUGGACAAACGGUAUUUUCCUGCUCUUUGUGAAAAGAAAUACGCGAAUAGCUACAAGCGCGCAGCAGCGGGGCGUGGAGCUGGCCGUGCGCCUGCUGCGCGCGCGCCGCGCCGUCUUCCGCAACCUGCAGAUGCCCGUGGGCGGCGUGCUGUCGGCGCCCGGCCUGCCCUACUGCGUGCGCGGCUCCUUCGCGCUCGACCAGUGCUACAAGCGCUACGUCUUCACCGUGCGCAUGCCCGCCAGGCAGUACUGGCGCGUCGUGGAGGGCGGCGUGGAGCGACUCGAGCCGCCCCGCCCGCUCCGCGGCCACGAGCUUCAAGUGUCGUUCCGGAGCGCCAGGGAGGUUCUACGCGCCAACGAGCUCUCCAUCUCGCCGCUGGGGCCCUGCAUCAACUCCAAGAACCCCAAGUACCCGGCAUGGAGCAAAGAGGAGCGAAAGCUUGCCGAGAAGGAGCUGGAAGUUCUCAGGAAGUCUUACAACUGGAUUUUCCCCGAUACUGACUACAGCGGCAGGGGUAGUGGAGGAACCGGAUUUAUCUCCUUCGUCAAAGAAAGAUUGUCUGCUCCCAGACGAUCCUCUGUGAGAACUUUACGUGGUUCCGCGAGCCUUGAAAUAGAAGAGCUUCGAUCAAGCCUGCGGGAAAGCGAAAGGAAAAUGCGAUCCCAAGAGGAAGUACGAGAGUUGGAAGAUGUCCCGGGGGAAACUGAAUUGAGAACGACACUCACUUCCGAAGACUUCGAAUCGGAUGAGGAGGAACCAAGACUCAAAAAGAAGUCAACAAAAUUGUUGCCGGAAGGAGAAGAGUAUGAGCUGCUCGCAGGGGAAGUAGACGAAGACGUCAUAUCGGUGAUAGAAAGAGAUAAAAGAGUAAGCCAAAGGUCGUUGAAGGAGCCUGUUAAACCUCCCCCACGAAAAUCCUCUGAGAAACCUUUACCCACCCGGAAACCUUCUGAACCGACAGACAAACGUAGCCUGUCCAAGACAGAAAAAAAGAGACCGUCCAAAGAAGAGAGGCCGUCACAAGAAACUGAGCAAAUCACUGAAUUGAGAAAGUCAGUCCUUGCCAAGGUUUCCAGAACAGAAGACGUCAGGCCUGAAAGGAAGGCCACCAAAGUGUCAGAGGACGUAGAUUACGAGCCGCCACCAAUCGCGCCGCUAGCUGUCGGAGAAAUAAAACGUACUUCGGCGGUGGCAGAAAAACAGAGAUCGUCUAAAGAAGGUAGGCCAUCGCGCAAACUUGAGGAUGUGGAAGCGAGAAGGUCUGUCCCGACCAAGACUUCCAAAAUCGAGGAACCAAGUGAGCUGCAGAUUGUUACAUCACCUGGAGAAGCUAGAAGACGUAGCACGGCGAUGGCAGAACCAAAGAAACUAUCCAAAGAGAGCAGGACAUCACAAAAACCUGAGAAUGUUGCCGAAUUGAGACAAUUACUCCCUGCCAAAGUUUCCAAAGCAGAGGAACCGAGUGAAUUCCACGCAGAUUCACAGCUAGAAGAAGUCAGAAAGCCUAGCUCGGCGAUGGCAGAGCCAAAGAGGCCAUCCAAAGAAGCCAGGCCAUCACAAGAAGCAGUGGACGCCGCGGGAUUGAGAAAAUCAAUCCCGGCCAAAAUUUCUAAAGUAGAGGAACCGACCCCCAAGAGGGAAUCAGUGGCAGAACCCGAAAGUGAAAAGAGAAUAAGUGAAAGGUCUAUUAGAAAGAGUUCGGAAAUCACCCCAUUAAGCUCAAAAGGCAUUGAACCAACUGAAGAUUCAGUACCUCGUGAAAGCAUAAAAAGUAUACCAAGAACGAGCAGACCCAGCGUAAAGAAAGAAUCAGAAACUGAAAAGGAAGUGAUGGACGAAGAGAAAAGCGACCGACGAAGUUCGUUAAGGUCUUACAAGAGAAGCAUACCUUCAGACGAUAAACCUGAUGCGGAGGAACCAGAAAAAAGGAUCUGGAUUAAGAAAAAGUCGGAAGAACCUGAAAGUUUGUUAAGUGACACCGAAGAUGACAGUACGGAUUUACUUGGUAGGGACGCACAAGAAUCCCGAAGAAGCUCGUUGAAGAAAUCGAUACGCUUCGAUGAAAAAACAGAAACAAGGUGGAUUGAGGAGAAGAUGCCAAUAGAUGUUCAACCUAGAAAAUCUGUAGACUCAGAAACACCGCCCGAAACUGAAAAAAGAAGCACUGUUAGUUUGCGACGGACCUUGGAUAAAGAUUAUACUGUCCUGGAAGAAGAGGGAGAGAUCGAGGAACCGGUGAAAGGUAGAGAAUCGGUGAAAAGCAGGAAAUCGGUGAAAGAAAGGGAAUCGGUGAAAGAAAUCGAACCGGAGAAAGGAAGAGAAUCGGUGAAAAGCAGGGUAUCGGUGAAAGAAAGAGUAUCUGUGAAAGGAAGGGAAUCGGUGAACGGCAGAGAAUCGGUGAAAGAAAGAGAAUCGGUGAAAGAAAGAGUAUCAAUGAAAGGAAGGGAAUCUAUGACCAGCAGAGGGUCGGUGACUGGCAGAGAAUCGGUGGCCGGCAGAGAAUCGGUAAAAGAAAGAGAAUCAAUGAAAGAAAGAGAAUCGUUGAAACAAAGAGAAUCGGUGAAAGGUAGGGAAUCGAUGACCGACAAAGAAUCGGUGACCGGCAGGGAAUCGAUGACCAGCAGAGAAUCGGUGACCGGCAGAGAAUCUGUGAAAGAAAGGGAAUCGGUGAAAAGCAGGGAAUCGAUGAAAGGCAGGGAAUCGAUGAAUCACGAGGAAUCGAUUAAAGAUGAAGAAUCGGUAAAAGAUGAAAUGGUGGAAGAUGAGGAAUCAGUGGGCGAAAAUGAAUCAGUAGGUGAAUUAGAAGAGAGUGACGAAGUAAAGCAGGAUGAAGUAAUGGAAGACGAAGAAAGGACGGAAGACGAGGAAAUGGAAGAUGAGGAGAAAGUUCAACAGGAUGAAACGAUGCAAGAUGAAAACGUAGAGGACGAGGAAGUGGGAGAGGAGGAACAAGUAGAACCGGAGGAAAUAAUGGAAUACGAAGAAAAGGUGGAGGAUGAGGACGCAGAAGAGGAGGAAAAACUAGACCUGCAGGGAGAGGAAGAAGAGGAGGAAGAAGAAGAAAGACCGAAAGAGGUAAAGAAGGUUAAGAAAGAGGAAGAAUUGAAAGACGAGGAAGAAAUGGAAGAAAAGCCACCUGCUCAGAAACCAAAGAAAAAAAGCUCGGUAAAGAAGCCAGAACCACAAGAAAGUGAAGAAGAAGAAGAGGAGGAGGAAGAAGAAGAGGAAGAGGAGGAGGAAGCUGGAGAAGAUAAUAAAAGAAAGUGGUACAGAAAGGCAUUUGCGCAAUGGGUAACGGAAAUGAAAGAAUGGGAUGAAGAAGGGAAGGCACCUAACCGAGAUUCAAUGUUCCGUAAAGGAUUCAAGAUGUGA